AUGUCUCGCGCUGUGUUAUGGACCAAGGUUGUCGCCGGUGGCCUGCUCAUGGUUGUCGGAGGCCCCGCUUUCGUUGAAUACAUCCGACCGUCCGAUGAAGAACUCAGGAAGCGAUACAACCCGGAUCUGCAGAAGCGCAGGGAGCGCCGCGCCCAGGAAUUCGACGACUACGUGAACAAGCUGAAGCACUGGUCCAAGUCGGAUAAGUCUAUCUGGUACGCCGCACAGGAAGAACUAGACAACAAGCGGGCAGCGAUCGAGGCUCAACGCGCACAGGCAAAGGAGGAAACGAGGACACAACGGGAGGAGAUGCGCAAGGAGAUGCUGGGUGAAAAAUGA